UAUGAUGUGUUUCCCUGGACCUUAUUUUAAAUGGAACUCCCAACUAUUUUUUUUAAUAUGAUCCUGUCCUUUUUGUUACUUUUAUAUCCGGUUUUUGUUCAAAAUCUAUAAAUUCCUGAAUUUUUUCAGACAACGAAAUGUCCUGCUACGGAUGCACUAAACCGUUUGGAAUAUUAAACAGGGAGCAUGGUUGUGGAAACUGUGGGUUUGGUUUUUGCUCAGCCUGCCUCAAAUACAGAACGCUGGUCCCGGGUAAAGGCCCGAAAGAUAUAAAGGUUUGCGGAGCAUGUUACACACUUGUGCGUAACCCUGCCGGAGUGGAGAAAGUUUACGCACCUCCGGCCGCUCUUCAGAAACGACUUGACGCACUUGAGCACCCGGGUGGAACCCCGGUCAUCAUUUAUAAAGAUAACCGGAAGAUGGCAUCUUUAAGAAAAGGAUUAUCCCAAGAUGAUCAGAAGAUUGUUGAUAGAUUAGAGAAAUUACAAAGAGAACGGAAGGAAAAAACAUCAAUUCCUUCGGAUACGGAACUAAGAGACCGCCUUUCCAAACUGAAAGGUCUUUCUGAAGAUGAAUUAUUCAAGAUUUACAAGAUAAGAAAAUUCACGCACCACUCAUCAGACUGCGUCCGAGGUUCUAAUUGCAUUGAGAGGACUGAUGAAGAGAAACGAAGAGAUCUACUUGAAGGUAUUCAGAAGGAAGUUGAAAUAGAUUCUAAAAUUCUAACACCGGAACAGGAUAUUGCAAUUAGGUUGGCCCGGCUGCGAGGCCAGGAUCCUGAGAACAUGAAGAAACCCAGUACGCCUAGUCUACACAAUCCAGACAGUUUUCUUCAGCAGUAUACUGCUAAGGAGGACCAGGAAACAAUCGGUGAUAUGGAUGUCGAUGAGGUGGCUAAACUACUCGAUAUUGUUGGAAGGGAUGUUGAACUUGAUGCGUUGAAUGCUGUUCGAGAACUGGAGAAGGAUAAAGCAAUCCAGGAACAGUUGGCAAAACUUAGAAUUCGUCCUGGAGAUGGGAAGAAGAUGGAAGUUGAUCCUGAGGAUGAGGUUGAUGAUGAGGAUGUGGAUGAAGAUGAAACUGAGAGGAUUACAAAACAAAUUAUAGCUGAGCAAGAGCUAGAAGAACGUCUAAGUUUACUACCUGAUUAUCUACCUGGAUUUGGACCCAAGGGAGCUUCUGGAGCAGGUUCGAUUACUCCGGGUUUACUGGAUCCUUCUUCUCUUGGUAGGGCGGAGAGUAGUAAGGAUGUUGAACCGGAGGAAUUACCCUGGUGUGUUAUUUGUAACGAGGAUGCGUCCUUCAGGUGUCGAGGCUGUGAUAAUGACUUGUACUGUCGAGGAUGCUAUAAAGAGUUUCAUGUUGACGGGGAUUUGAACGAGCACAAACAGAUCUCAUUCAGUCGUUAACUCAAGAUUAUAUAUUCUUCGCAUUUUAGUUUUAAAUCCAUUUUUAUAAGAACUAGUCCACACAAUCUGCAUCCUUGACUAGAGGUAUAUAUUUUCGUGAAAACCAUAAUAAUAAUAAUGUUUUUCCCCCUGAUAUUAGGCAUUAUUUUGUACGGUUUUAUUCGCCGAUUUGGGGAGGAUAAAUUAUAUUCAAGGAAAAAUAAAUUAAUUAUUUUGG